AUGGCCGAAGGCGGCCGCCGGACCUCCAUGACGAAUUCGGUCCGUAGCCCUCCCCCUCUCUCCUUAGGCCUUGUCUGCACCUGCCCCAAGGCCAGUGGAGCCGCCUCCAUUCCCAUUCCCUCCGGGAAGCCCUACCUGUAUGGCGCCCCUGGAUCGCCUCCGUCACCACGGCCUGCCCCAUGGCGCCAGCGGUGUGACCUACCCCGAGCAGUCCCGCGGCUAUCCAUUGGCGCGACGAGUGACGACGGAGCAUGUGCGCCCUCCGGUCGGCCCCAUCGCGCGAUGAAGCGACGGCCAGGCCGGCGGCCGGAGCCCGCCCUCGCCACUCUGUCGCCGUGGAGAAGAAGAAAUGAGGAGAAGAGAGGAGAUGAGGCAGGGCCCGCGCAUCAGCUGGAGAGAGAGAGUCAACCUCGGCCCCUAGUCAGAAUAAGUGGAAGUGUAUUUUCCGUUUUAUGCUUUCAUUUCAGUGAAAGCGCAAACUGUUAUGGCUUCGGCCGGAAAUACGUUUUCACUUCCCGAAAGCGUAGUUCCUGGAUUACACUUUCUGUUUUAUCCCCAGGGACCUAUUUGUAG